AUGGCCGGACCCCCUGCUCCUCCGCCUCCUCCACCUCCACCAGGUGUUUUUGCUGCGGCAGCUCCAGCUGCCAAGCCAGCAGCAUCUGUAAUGCAAGGUCGUGACGCUCUCUUAGGUGAUAUUAGAAAGGGUAUGCGAUUGAAGAAAGCAGAAACAAACGAUAGAAGUGCUCCUGAAGUCGGUGGUGGUGUAGUAUCCGCUUCCUCAGCACCUCCCUCAGCUCCAAAAAUGUCUGCACCUCCCAUUCCAGGUUCUGCCCCAGCUUCCACAAUGGGAGGCCCACCACAAUUAGGUGAUAUAUUUGCCGGUGGAAUACCCAAAUUGAAACAUACAAAUGCUGAUCAAAAGAAUAUAUCCACUCCUCCACCAAGUGCACCACCAAUUCCUCAGGCAAAUGCUCCUUCUACACCACAGAUGCCCACUAAUAGACCGCCUCACAUGCCCUCAGGGAGACCGAUGAAGAGAAGUCAUCAAAAAAAGUCAUCGGUUUCAUCAGUUGCUCCUUCAGUUCCCUCAGCUCCACCUCCACCUCCAAUGCCAUCACAAGCGGCCCCAAUUCCAGUAUCUGCCCCACCAAUUCCAAGUAUGAGUGCACCUCCAGCUCCACCAACCGCUCCUCCUCCACCAGCUAUACCUAUAACCACUGCGAAGAAAGACUCUAAUGCACCACCUGUUGCCCCUCCUGCCCCUCCUAUGCCUACAAUCUCUUCUCCUGCUGCACCUCCUACUCCUCCAGUGCCAUCAAUGAAUGCUCCUCCUGCUCCACCUCCUCCUUCCAUCCCAGUAAUGAAAAAGGAAUCUCCAACAACACCAUCAUCUCCACCACCAUCAAGUGGAUUACCAUUUUUAGCCGAAAUAAAUGCUAGAAGGACAAACAAAGGUGUAGUAGACGAUGAAGUCGUGAAGAAAGUUCAAACAACAAAAGUUGCAGCACCAGCUUCAACUAAAAAGAAGACAAAAACACCUAGUGCACCAAAAAUAGCAGCACCACCAUUACCAACUUCAGCACCGCCUUUACCUUCGUCAGCACCACCUUUACCAACUGCAGCACCACCUCUUCCUUCUUCUAAUGCACCUCCACCUCCACCAGUACCAUCUUUUGAUAGCCCUCCAACUCCUUCAAUACCUGCUGAUAUUCCUUCGGCACCACCAUUACCGCCAGCUGCACCUCCUGCACCUGCACUACCUAAACUUCAAGCCCCUGCUGCCCCUGCUGCCCCUGCUGCACCAGCACCGCCAGCACCGCCAGCACCAGCCCUUUCUAUACCGUCUGCACCUCCUCCACCUCCAGCAGUAUUUGAAUCGAUUUCUGUAUCGUCUUCGGCACCACCUGCAGCUCCUAUAAGUAGUGGAGGCGCACUACCGUUCCUCGCAGAAAUACAGAAGAAAAGAGACGAUAGAUUUGUGGUUGCUGAAGAUUCAAAUUACACUACAAAAGAUCAUCUUGCUACCACAGCAACCCCAGUUUCUAAAACUUCAACUCCCAUGGUAACAGCACCUUCAACAAUACCACCAUCUGUUAAUGAAACACCAACUCCCCCUCCAGCAGCUGCCCCUCCACUACCUUCUGGUAAUGGAAUGUCAUUCCUGGGAGAAAUAGAAUCUAAGUUAAAAAUACAUCAUGAACCAUCUACACCAGAAUCUAGUGCCCCAGCUAUACCAGCUCCACCACAACAGGGAGCUCCACCAAUUCCAAUGGCCCCACCACCUGUAUCGAUAGAGACUUCAAACGCAGCUCCAUCUCUUCCAUCAGCACCUCCACCACCACCUAUAAUAUCUAUGGCUCCUCCCUCAGCGCCACCUCCUCCAACCACCACAGAUGAAUACGCAUAUGAUGAUCUCACAUCUACUCAUUCACCACCACCUCCACCUCCAAUGUCUGCUCCUGCGCCGGUACCACCCGAAACAUCAUCUUCCACAGGAUCAUCAACCCCUGGUGUCAAGCAUAGGCUUUUUGGUAAUGGUGAAUCGACACUACAGCAUACAGUAAAUCAGCAUACCAACGCACCAGAUAUUGACGUGGGGACAUAUACCAUCAGUGGAUCGAAUGAUACUACGGGAGUUAAAUUAAACUCAGGGAAGAUAACCAUUGACGAUUCCAGAUUCAAAUGGAGCAAUUUGGAUCAAAUUCCUAAACCAAGACCAUUUCAAGGUAAGAUUAAGUUAUACCCAAGUGGGAAGGGUAGUUCUGUACCAUUAGAUUUAUCCUUAUUUACUACAUAA